AGAUUAUUAGGGAUACAAGCAUUAUGGGAUGUUUUACAAGCAUUUCAUUGUAAAGAUUUACCUGAAGUAUCACUAUUAAAAACCAAAUUAGAAUCAGAUAUGAAUGUACUAAACGGUCGUCAAUAUUCGAAUGGUGGAUUUGGUUAUUGGACAAAUCAAAAUAAUUCUUAUGCUGAUCCAUAUAUGAGUGUGCAUGUUGCACAUUGUUUAGCUGUUGUUAUAGAUAAAAAGGUUAGAGUAUUAUUGUAUAAAAGAACAUGAAUGCGAUUGACAGAACUAUGCAGCUUUUAUUUUUUAAAAUUGCGAGCAUCCGUCAUUCACAAAAAUAUGAAAUCUGCGUUCAAAAUACCGAGAAUAGACCUACACGAGGGAAGACAAGUUUCGAUCGAGCUUUUGGAGUCUUAUUACUAGUUUGAGAAGCGUCUCUCUGCUGCGGUCUAACGGCUGAUUUUCGAUAUCUUAUAAGUCAUUCAGGAAUAUUGACAAAAAUUUGAUUCAAGUAUGGUCAGAUGUGCAAUUAUUCAUAGUUAUUAUGCAUGUAAAAAAGAAAGAAAAAGUUUAUAUCUAGUCUAAUUUUUUCUCUAAUACUGAUGCCAGUUCGAUGUAGUCUAGUCGUUUUCAUCAUUUUUUUUCUUCAACUCCUUUUGCUCAAAUAUAACGGAUAGCAUAUCAUUCGAAUCAGCUACUCAAGCGCUACAGUGCUUAGUUUUUUAAUUUGCCAUUUUGUCAUGGUUUUCUUCUCCAGAUUUUUUCAUACAUGCCAUCCGAUUGCCUCGAAGCCCGACGAUCGAUAUUUCCUUGGAUGUGAUAAUCUCGAAAAUGAAUGGAAACAUGAGUUAUCCAACACGCUGAGUCUCGUGGCAAUGUUCGUUCUUCGGAAAAAUUCAAACACUUAGUGAAAACCUAUAUUAGAUGAAAUUGCACUUGCAUGGAAAUUCGAUUUUUUCAUUACCUCAUACACGAACUUAUGGACACAUUUCAAAAACAAUAAAGCAUUCUGAAAAAAAAUUUUUCGCUGGCAAAGUUGUUCGAGAUAAUCCUAGGCGGAGCAUCUUUUUCAUUUUAGCGGUCAAAUUUUAAAACAAAUGCAAUUUACAUAAAUUUGAGGUAAAUUUACAGCUCAAACUUUAUUAUUUCUAAUUUAUUUCAAAAUAUUUCCACUAAAAUGAAAAAAGUGCUUCGCUUAGCAUAUGAAGAGGAUUAUCCUGAACAACUCUGCCAGCGAAAUAUUUUCUUCAAAAUGCCUCGUUGUUUGUGAAAUGCGUCCAUAAGUUUCAAAAAAUUACUGUAAGGACUCAGACUACACUAGAAUGAAAAUUGUUAAUUUUCUCCGACACAGUUAGUUCAAUUUUCAUUAUAAUUUGUGAAUAUGUGUCACUUAAUGUACGCUAUCCAACUGCAUAACAAUUGAGUGUCAGCUGUAAUUUCGAAUGUUUUAUAAAUUUUUUAAAUAGGGUAUGAAAUUCGUAAAAAAUUCUUACCUCAGCUAUUACAAGUCUGCUCAUCGAAAACACUUCAGGAUAUAUACAACUUGAUGCGCUCUACAAAGUUAUGAAAAAAACGGGAGUGGUUAUCCCCUUUAAUAAAUACCAUAAAUGCCAUUUUCCUUUGUUUCAGAUGUUUUUCGUUUUCUAUAAGCUUCCUGAACUUUUAUAAACAGUACAGUAAAAGUUAAAUAAAAGUUAUCUAGUAGCAACGGUCAAAUUUCCUCAACAUUUUCUAAAACAUAUGAUCACUGUAAAUUUGAAAAAAAGAAAAGUCCGUGCUUUUUUCACCUUCUUUUCUCUGAAUCAUCUACUAAACUUCGUUCCAUCAUUGAGUAAGGUCCGUGAAGUACGUAAUCACGGUCUUGUCAACCCGGAAGUUUGAGUCAGAUCUGUAAUUUUUCACGCACUUUAAUCCAUAUUUUCACGGAUCCCACUGACAGCUUCCGGGUUGAAAAGCCUGUGAUUAUAUACUUCACGGACCUUACUCAACGAUGGAACGAACUUCGGUAUGUGAUUCAGAGAAAAGUAAGCGAAUAAAAUCCGUUUUUAGAUGUCAUUAGGAUCUGACAUUGCCACAGAAAAAUCCCCAUUUUUUUGUUCAAUUUGUUAAAAUGUUAACAAUAGCUACAUGUUUUCCGCCAGUGGAUGAAUCGAAAUUUGUCAUCAAAACUGUAUGUACUUGUCUAUUCCCUAGUAAAAUUUAUAAACAAUAAACAGUUGUGGUUUUUUUUACAAUUAUCAUUUCAGAAAAUUCUUAAGAAUACUGUCGAUAUUCUAGAUGUCAUUCGUUUACACUUUGUUUUGACAAGAAUAGUGAUGGAUCGGUGUCGGUGUGAACGCCGAAAUACUGACACUGAAGACACCGAUAUCGGUGUACACUGAUACACCGACACACUGACAUCGGUGUUCACUGAUACACCGA